AUGAGAGCCCAACGCCCCGCCACGAGGGCACAUGAUCGACUCCAGUGUUUGCUUUUAUUUCUGUUUGUAUAUUUUUUCUUGUGUUACGGUCCCCGCAGUUCAUCGAUGAUGGCGAGUGUGAUCGAAUUGUUCAUGGCGAUGGACGCGUUUCGCUGGCGACACUCUGCAAACGCAGUUCUAUCAGCUGGGCGCCGCUUGCUUGGGAAAAGUCCUUUGGGAGGUGAGUUGGCCGCGGCGUAUGGAAAGGAGGGACGGCGAGGCACCAGCAGUCGCGUACGCCGUUUUACCAAACACGAUUUCCAACUCGGGGUGGACGGCGGUGCCCAGUGA